AUAUUAAUAACAUUAUCCCAGUCCGUUAAAUCAUAUUUUGGGUCAAAUUAACAUAUUUUCACUCAAAUACUACAUCAUUGAUUUAUAUCUCCAUUUUCUUAUUGUGUAUACAAGAAUUGUUUCUCAAACUACUUCUUACUAAAAAAACCUUAAAUUGUAGGUGUUGUUAGGUCACAACUGAUUAUUUUGACAAUCGCGUUUGCUGGUAUGAUUCCGCUGCGAUUACACCAAGAUACCAAUCAUUAAAAUUCCUUAGAAAAGCAAAGGGAAAUGCCAAUAGAUUUCAAUCUAUAUUUACACUACUAGUAUAUUCACUUUUCACUCUGAUGUACCUCUAAAGUCUAUCUACUUCCAAGAUCUGUCAUGACAAUGUUCCUUCAUUUAUCAGUGGUACUGUGAUUCAUUUGCAUGAAGAACUACAAGAUGUAACAUUAAAUAUAUAUAUAUAUGACUUCUUGAAGUGACUGACGUUUAUUGCCAAAAUGAGCUUUUGCGGUUCAAGAUCUGGCUCCCUAAGUGUAAGGGAAGGUGUUCUGAAAAACAAAUGUUUUGUGGAUGUUAUGAAUAUCAUUCCUCAUGGAAUGCUGAUAAUUAUCAGUGCUGUUAUUCUAAUAGUAUGGAGAGAAUCUGUGAUGGGGCAGUUGAAAGCAAAAACAUGGGUACAUUUCAAGUGUCAUUCAAUCAGAUGGAUUGUAAGCAUGGUACUUGUAUUAAUCUAUGCUCUUGAUAUCGUUGAAGGAUUUGUUUCUGACUAUAUUGAUCCCGACAGUAUUAACUUUCAUGUAAUUAUUCCACCAAUUGUUGCAUUUAUAAGUACAAUGCUAUCAUUAGUGCUUUACCAUAAUAUUGAAAUGUGGAAUUCUCCAAGGUUUUUGUUAAUUCUAAUUGCAUACUGGACAAGUGCCUGUGGAUUAAAACUUCUAAAAGCAUUUUCUCUGUAUAAAACUGGUAUUCUAGUUAUUCAUUUAAGACUUUGGAUAUGUUGGUCUGCAGUUGCACUAUAUGGAGUUCUACUUCUGAUUGAGCUCUAUACACUGAUACAUCAUAGAUAUGCAUUUUUCAAAAAACCCAAGAAAAUACAUCCAUCACCUGGUCUUGAACGAACAAGAUAUUAUGCGAAUUAUGCCAGCUUCAUUUCAAGAAUCACUUUUGCCUGGGUGAGAGACAUCGUUAUUCAAGGAUUUAAGGCACCUCUCACAUGCGAACAGCUGGGAAAACUACCACAUGAUGAAAAGACGGUCACAAAUUACAAGAAGCUCUUGCAUGCAUUUGAAAUUGAAAAGUCAAAAGCUGAGGCCAAAAACAAGCUACCCUCUUUACACCGUGUUUACUUGCGUGCAUUUUGGCCAUAUCUUGCCCUUGGCGGCCUUUGUCGACUAUUUGGAGAUCUUCUGGCAUUUGUGGGCCCAUGGUGCAUAGAAAGUAUUGUCAACUAUGCUUAUGAAGCUUUGGAAAAGAACAGCACAAUUGUAGAUCCUCAACUUCUGUCUUUGGCAAAAACAUAUUUACCAAGCAAUGGAAGCAGUGUUAAUGUGACCCUUGAUGACACAGGGUCACCAGAACACAAGGAGGUGUAUGUGUCAGUGUAUGCGUUUGUAAGCAAUGGGUACAGUCUAUGUGCAGUGUUGUUCCUGGCCACCCUCCUCCAGCACACGCUCCUACAGAACCAUCAUUACUUUGUCAUCAGGCAGGGAAUCAGGCUGAAGGCAGCAGUACAGGCGAUGGUGUACACCAAGGCCCUGCGCUUGUCCAGUCUGGCAAUCACGGGUGGUCAAACCACCAUUGGUCAGAUCAUCAACCACAUGUCCAUGGACGCCAACUUCCUCAUGAUGCAGCUCUUUUUUAUUCAUUAUAUCUGGGCUACACCUCUACAGGUGGUGCUGUGUAUGGUAGUGAUGUACUUCAAGCUGGGUGUGAGCGCUGUGAUAGGGGCCCUUGUCAUCGUCCUGUCUGCCCCACUCCAAAUCAUUGUUGGCAGAGGCAUGUCCAUCAUGCAGAAAAAAUGCAUGCAACACUCUGACGCUCGUGUGAAGAAGUGCAACGAGAUGGUUCAGGGAAUCAAGGUAAUCAAGCUGCUUGCCUGGGAAUCGUACAUCGCCCGGGGUAUCACUGAGUCACGCAAGAAGGAGCUACGUGCUGUCAUGCUCAAUGCCAUCUUCAGAUCUCUCUUCUCUUUUAUUGGCACGGCAGCACCUGUAUUGGCAACAUUCUUGACAUUUGUGCUGUAUCCAAUCAUGGAAAACCAGCCAUUAACAGCGGGGAAGGCUUUAUCCACACUUGCCCUGUUCAACAUCAUGGCCAUCCCACUGGUCCUCUUCUCUCUGAUGACGUCCACAAUGAUAAUGGCACACGUGAGCGCACAACGUCUCGUCCCGUACUUCCUGCUGCCAGAAGUUGAGUCCAGCCAAGGAUUCACAGAUACCAUGAAGACAGAAGGCGACGAAAGCCUUCAUGGAGAGGAGGCCACCACUGAUGGUGUGCCAAUGCAGGUGUUGUCAUCUCGUGACCUGUAUGUGAGCACGUGUAGCCUGGCCUCCCACCAAUCCCACAUGACACCCCGACAUUCACGCCAGAACUCGAGCUCCUCCCUGCUAGACUUCACCACUGAUCACCAUGUCAACUCAGGGUUGCCACGACGACAUUCUGCGGUGGUAUUGUCAGUAAACAGUGACCACUACCAACCACGACGUCGACACAUGAGCGGGGUUUCGAUAGAAGAGCUAGGUAACGACUUAACGGAGAAUGCAGUGGAGGUGGAAAAUGGAUCGUUCACCUGGGACCUCAAAAAGCAGGAGCCCACCAUUAGCAACAUCAACCUCCAAAUACCUAAAGGGAAGCUGGUGAUGAUUGUUGGGACAGUAGGAAGUGGGAAGACAUCCCUGAUCUCGGCCCUCCUGGGAGAGAUGGUCACAUGCACAGGACGGGUUACAUGGCCUAGGAGCCCGUCUGUUGCCCUUGUGUCCCAGAAGCCCUGGCUGCUCAAUAAAACCCUCCGAGACAACAUCCUGUUUGGAGCUGCGUAUUCAUGGAGAAGGUACCAGAAGGUUCUGGAAUGUUGUGCACUACAGCCGGACAUAGACCAGCUGCCUGCUGGCGACCAAACGGAAAUAGGGGAAAAGGGAGUAAAUAUGAGCGGAGGUCAGAAGCAGAGAGUGUGUAUCGCCAGAGCGCUGUAUUCUUCGGCAGAUACCUUCAUCAUGGAUGACCCAUUGUCCGCACUGGACGCUCAAGUGGGUCGGCACGUUUUUGACGAGGUGAUUCUUAAGAAACUGCUGCGACGAAAGAAGACUAUCAUCUUUGUCACCCACCAACUACAAUACCUCAACUACGCUCACUCGGUUGUGGUGAUGGUCGAUGGUGAGGUUGAGUGCCAGGGGAAGCUAACAGAGCUGAAGCGUACACACCCAGACCUCUACGACUCUUGGAGAAAGGCACUCAAGGUCGCCAAGGCUGAGGAGAGCAAAAGCCACAAAACAGAGGAAGAGACUAUAGAUGCUCUUCCUGAGCGAGGCAACGAGCACCAGCUUGGUCGACAGAUGAGUAACCUGACUGAGGCGAGCGGAUCGUCAGAUGGGGAGAAGACACCCACAGAGACCAAUGGCAAGAUGUCAGUCUUCAGCAUGCCAGCAAGCCCAGAGAAGAAGGAGCCUAAAGAUACACAGACACAAGAGGAGUUUGAAAAAGGUCUGGGUAGUGGGAGUGACAUGGAAGCAGCGGGAAAGCUGGUGAAGCGCGAACAUCGGGAGACUGGCUCUGUGAGCUGGCGGGUGUACAUGAGUCACCUGGCAGCAUGCGGCCCCAUCUUCAUCACCAUCUCCGUCCUCCUCAUGGUCACCUACCAGGGCCUCCUGGUCAGCACAAACAUGUGGAUUUCACAUUGGGCCUCAAAGUCCACCAUCUGGGCAAACACCCUGCCAUCAAAUUCAACUGAGGUGUUUGACAACAGUCGUUACAUCCCUGUGUAUGUGGCAUUGUCGCUGAGUGCGGUGCUGGCAACACUAUUUGGGGGCUUCCUCUUUCAGUUCACGGGGGUGAACGGUGCCAAAAACCUACACAUAGACCUCCUCAACACUGUCAUGAAAGUGCCCAUGAGAUUCUUUGACACAAACCCAAGUGGUCGUAUAAUCAACAGAUUUUCUUCAGACAUUGGUCAGAUUGAUCAGAAAAUUCCUGGUACAUGGGAUGCCUUCCUGCGUGUUGCCUUGGCCACCAUAGCUGCUGUGAUUGUAAACUGUAUCUCAACACCUUUCUUCAUGAUCGCAGCUGUAGCUGUAGCCAUCCUUUACUUCAUUCUACAGAGAAUCUACAUCUCCACGGCAAGAGAGUUACAGCGACUUGACAGUGUAACCAAGUCUCCAGUGUUCACCCAUUUCUCAGAAACUCUUAAUGGUCUUCAGACAAUCAGAGCCUACAAGGCACAGAGCCGAUUCCGGCAGAUAGCCAUCACAUCUAUAGACAACAAUAUCGUGCCAUUUCUCUUCAACCAGACAGCUAACAGAUGGCUGGGAGUCAGACUGGACUAUUUUGGUGCAGUUUUAGUUCUAGUAUCGUCUGUGACCAGUCUUUCAUCCGGCCUUGCUGGAAAAACAGAUCCGGCAUUUGUCGGCCUAUCCAUUGCUUAUGCUCUUAUGGUGUCAAACUACUUGAACUGGAUUGUUCGUAACAGCACAGAGUUGGAGAUGAUGAUGAAUUCGGUGGAGAGAGUUAAUGAAUACAAACACCUGGACACUGAGACCACACCUGCAGAAGAGGUGAGCAAGCAGGCUGGGUGGCCAAUGCGGGGGGAGAUAGAGUUCCGCAAUGUGAGCCUCAUGUAUGAUAUCUCCCAAGAUCCGGUUGUCAGCAACCUCACAUUCGCCAUCAGUGAUGGGGAAAAGAUUGGUAUAUGUGGGCGGACAGGCAGUGGCAAGUCAUCUCUCACCCUGAGCUUGUUCCGAAUGAUCGAAAUCUCCGGGGGCGAAAUUCUCAUUGAUGGGCGGAACAUUGCCCACAUUGCCCUGCCCGAACUCCGCUCCAAGCUGGCCAUCAUACCUCAGGAUCCCAUACUCUUCACAGGCACAAUCAGGUACAACCUGGACCCUGGUGGGGAGUUGGAAGAUGGCAAUUUGUGGACGGCCCUAGAGUCUGUGCAGCUCAAAGACACAAUAGAGGCUCUCCCCGAUAAACUAGAUUCUAGAGUAUCAGAAGGUGGUGAGAACUUCAGCAUUGGCCAGAAGCAGCUGUUCUGUCUGGCACGAGCCUUCCUGCGGGAGAACCGUAUCCUCGUGUUGGAUGAGGCGACAGCCAGUAUUGACCUUGAGACCGACAACAAGUUACAGACGGUCAUUGGCACUGUGUUUAAGAAUAGGACCGUGAUCACUAUUGCUCAUAGAAUAUCCACCAUCAUGAAGUAUGAUCGUGUAAUGACGAUGGACCAUGGUCGUAUGGUGGAGUUUGAUUCUCCGACAACACUGAUGGCUAACGAGGAUAGCUACUUCGCCCGUCUUGUCAGACACUCCUAUCGCUGAGUAUCACAUGGAAUGAGGGAAGUGCCAGUUUGAAACAGUAAUUGUUAACGACUGUGUGUCAUCUUCAUCAUUUGACAUUGGUUUAUUUUGUUCAAGAAUGUGUAAUUGUUCACAAUAUAUUAUGAUAUGCAUGAACUUACAUCAAGGAUAACUUGAUUGGUAAUUGUUGUCUUUUUUAAGCACAUUGUAUUUUUUAUACAGACUUUUACAGUUGUGCCAUGUGUUAUACUUUUUAUGUAAAAUUAUCUUAGUUCCCAAGACACACAUUUUUUAGCUUGAUACAAUUGUCAUUUUUACAACUGAACAAAAAGUUGAUUAGACAUUGGUCGUAUGAUGCUGUAUACCUUAAUAUAUUGGUAUUUAACUUUCAAUGAACUUGGCCUAAUGGUACACUAGUUUUUCCAGGUAGGAUUUUUAUAAUGCAUUCUUUUUUACACAGCGUAACUUAUGAUGAUAAGGAAGAAGUUUUUAUUUGCAUUCAUCUAUGGCCAGGUGCCAGUUUCGUUGGUGCUUCAGCUCUGAAGUCAUCCUGGUAUGGACUAUUGUUGAUGUAUAUGUUAUAUUACAAUUAUGUUUAACACUGUAUAGGUAUAUCUUUCAUUUGUUAAAUUGUCAGGACAUUUACUUUUACUUUAUGUUGUACAUAAUAUGUACUAAAGUCUAGUCUGAUGUAUUUAUUGGUUUAUACAGUUUCAGAUUGACAAGACCAACUUGAUCAUCCUUAACUUCAGAGCUUUUUUAUUUAUUUUUGUGAAUAACACUUAAACCGUGCCAAUAUUGUCAUGGUACCCUUAUCCAUCUAUAACAUUUUGAUUUGUAUGCAUGAGCGAGGGAUCAAUAUGUGAAGGUCUUUUUUAUUAGUUUGGUCUCAGUAUGUUGUUUGCGUUGGAGGUGGGAAAGCUCUCCUCUUCAUUAGAAUCCUUUUGAAGAACACAGACAUUCUGUUAAAUUACGGGUAAAAGUUCAAUGUAUAUACUUAGUUCCUUAGCCCUAUAUUUUUUAUUCCUGAUCAAGAAUUAAGCAUUUGCCAUUUUAAGGAAAAUUUAACAAAAAUUGAUUUGUAGGCCUGGUGCAUUUGGGUAUAUCUAGGUACGCCCUUGUAUGUGCACAUAUGCCUAGAUAUACCCCUGUAUGUGCGCAUAUACCUAGGUACACCCUGUAUGAGCACAAAUACCUAGGUUUGCCCCUGUACGUGCACAUAUACCUAAUCUCUAUAACAGUCUUUAGUCAAUUCUUAGAAAAGUGUGCAUUCAGAAUUGUCCACUUGAGAAAUAGCACAGAAUUAAGGAACUGAAUUGGUGGAAACUUGAACGAUAUUCGAAACUACAAGAGCUUAUCUGACAAUUCCUUAAGUUGGUACCAUUUAGUUAUCUUAAUACUUCCGCCAACAUACUUUAUAGAAUGGAAUACAAUUACAUCUUGAUUGUAAGAAUAUACUAAAUGUAUUGAUGGUGAGUAAGAUUCAUUCAAGUCAUACCAAUUCUGUUAGAUGCUGUCAAUAGAUAUUCAAUAAGAUGUUAUUUAUUGUUAAAUCUGAGAGGGUGGUUUUUGUCAGUGUGUUGAGCCUUCCGCUGAUCAAAUAAGUCCGCCAUUCCUCCUGUCUUUUGUUGUUAAUAUUUCUAAAUUGGUUAUUACAUAAUACAGUUAAUCUGCGAUACCUGUCAUUGUUUAUACAUGUAUGAAUACCAUUCUUGUGUGUUGUAAAAUAUGGUGCUGAUGGUGUUGUCAAUCAUAAAGUAUACAUGUAGUCAUUAUGUUGAGCCUGGGACUUGAACAAUUUUAUUUGUUUUAUUAAGUAUUCAUGGAUACCACUUGUGUUAAAUUGAACAAUAAAUGUCUGCCAUGCAUAAUCCAUGGGUUAUUUGAAUGGAUCAAGCUAGUGAACAACAAUGUUUUACAAGAAUUUGUAGGAAGAAAUUACAAGAGUUGGUAAAAACUGUGUUAACUAUGUUUUGUUAAAGUUUGGAGUGUUUUGUUGGCCAAGUAUCAAACAUUUCACAGUCAUGGCCAUGUACGAUGUAUUUUGAGAAAUUUCUAGUCAGCCUUAUUAAGAUGCACCACAAGAAGUCUGUAGGAUUCAUAUUUUAUAUUACUAGUAGUAUGUAGCAUUCAGGUUGUUUAUAUUUUUACCAUGCCCUUAAAUGAUGAGGGAUUUUUUUUAUACUUUAGGGGAUUUUCGAUUGGUUGUAACCUAUUCAGUUUAUUUAUAUUAUCUAGGAUUCUCUUUUCAUCUUUAAGUUUUUGAGAUCUGUGUAGUUUUUCAAAGUACAAUAUUUGUUGUAUUUUAUCUAAAAAAAUCUCUUGUUCAUGUAUUUUUCUGGCUUCACCUUGAAAAGUUUACAAAAGUAUCCUGUGUACAAUUUUGUGAAUUUCCGAUGCCUGGUUACCUGUAUUAUUUUGGUAGCAUUUAUAAAGGGUAUUAAAGCUGUGGAAAGAAAGCAUAUGUUAAAAUAAAAUAUACACUGAAAUAUAAACCAUAUCCUUGGUUAAAAUUACAUCGAAAAAUAUAGUGCAAACAUUUUUUUUUGAAAAAUUGCAUAAUAGGUCAUUUCACGGCCAAUUGCAGCUUGAAGAAUAUGAAAAUGACAUAAAUUUAUUUUUAUAAAAAAAUAAUCAGUCGCUAAUUUUACAAGCUAGCCCUUCCAAAUGAUAGUACAACUGCAAGCGGUUACCAGGCUUCCAAAUUGAAUUUCAUUUGCCAAACUCUUGCAUGAACUGACAGGCUUAUUUGCAGAUCUAAUACCUAAACACUUGCCAUAAACUGGUGUGCAUCUCGUAGAAUGUAAUCAUGUUUGUAUAACAUAACAUGCAUACUGUUUUUGUUCUCAUAAUGCCUAUAUUGCUUUAUAUCAAAAUUUAGCAAAAUAAAUUUACAACAAUUCAAAAU